CCAUUUUGGGAAAGCACUUCAUUAUAAAUGAUUAUUUUAAAAAUUAAUUCUAAAUUUAGCAGAGAAAAAAUAACCUUAAUUAAUCCUCAUUUGAGGAACAUUAUUUAUGAAGGACCAUCUUGGGGAUAAAUCUCAAUUAUAGAGGACCACUUAGUACCGACGUUAAACAACGAUUUCCCGGCGCCAUGAAUUCCGUCAACGGAUACGGGAAGGUGGACCCCGCCACGGAGCAACAAGCUCCCCGGAAGAAGAAGACCUGCAAGUGGGUAAUCUGCAUCGUCGUCUCGGCGGUCCUCAUCGGCGUUAUCAUCGGAUUAGUCGCCGGAAUCGUGACCCACAACAACAACAAGAAGAAGAGUGACGACUCCGGCGAUGCUCCUCCUGGCGGCGAGACGCCCAGUUCCCCUGCCGCCGCCGCCGCCGUCAAGGCACUCUGUAGCGUGACGUCGCACAAAGACUCGUGCGUUUCCAGCCUGUCGCAGGUUGCCGGAUCCGACGCCACCGACCCGAAAAAGCUGUUCGCGGUUUCGUUAAAAGUCGCCGGCGAUUCGCUGACGAAACUGUCUUCCCGGCCGUCGGAGUGGAAAACAGGGGUCCACGACGAAGGCGUCAAGAACGCUUUCUCGGUGUGCGAGGAUGUCUUCCGCGACGCCGUCGGGCGGCUGGACGACUCCGUAACCUCCGCGGACGGCGGAGAUGACAAGAAAAAUCUGUUUUCCGCCGCCACCGUCGCCGAUCUGAAGACGUGGCUGAGCUCUUCCAUCACCGACCAAGAAACGUGCUUGGACGCUCUGGACGAGAUCAAAGCCAACGCCUCGAUCGUCGGGAAAGUGAAAUCGGCGAUGAAAGACUCCGCCGAAUUCUCAAGCAACAGCUUGGCCAUCGUCACCCACAUUCUUUCAAUUCUCGGCGACUUCAAAAUUCCGAUACACCGGAAACUCCUGACCCAACAAAAACAGAGCACCGGCGGAUUCCCGGAAUGGGUCAGACCCGCAGAGCGAAGACUUCUCCGGGAUGAUAAACCCACACCUGACGUGAUAGUCGACCAGAAUGGGUCGCCGGGAAGCGUGCCGACGAUCGCGGAAGCGGUUAAGAUGGUGCCGGAAAAAAACAAGACGAGGUUUGUGAUUUACGUGAAGGCCGGCGAGUACGUGGAGAAGGUGGAGCUGGAUAAGACGAAAUGGAAUGUGAUGAUGUACGGCGACGGCAAGAACCAGACUAUUGUCUCCGGCAGCGACAACUUUAUCGACGGGACUCCCACCUUCCAUACUGCAACUUUCGUGGUUGCUGGCAGAGGAUUCAUGGCGAGGGACAUGACAUUCAAGAACACGGCGGGGCCGGAAAAGCACCAGGCGGUGGCGAUGCGGUCGGGAUCGGACAAGUCGGUGUUCUACAGGUGCGGCUUCGACGCGUUCCAGGACACCCUCUACGCGCACUCCAACCGGCAAUUCUACCGGGAAUGCGACAUCAUCGGGACCAUCGAUUUCAUCUUCGGCAACGCCGCCGUGGUGUUCCAGAACUGCAGGAUCCAGCCGCGGCAGCCGCUCCCGAACCAGUUCAACACCAUCACGGCUCAGGGGAAGAAGGAUCCGAACGAGAACACCGGGAUCUCGAUCCAGAAGUGCCAGAUCUGGCCGUACGACAACGUCAACGUCGCCACUUACCUCGGCCGGCCGUGGAAGAACUAUUCCACCACCGUCAUAAUGCAGUCAAACAUCGGCUCCGUCGUGAGUCCCAAGGGAUGGAUCGAGUGGAUCCAAGGCGUUGCGCCGCCGUCCACUAUUGACUACGGCGAGUAUAUGAACACUGGGCCGGGUGCGGAUUUGAGUCAGAGGGUGAAAUGGGCCGGGUAUCAGCCCAAUCUCAGUCCGGCCCAGGCCUCUAAGUACACUGUUGGAUCUUUCCUGGAAGUGAAGGAGAGUGCUUGGUUGCCAGUUGAGCUGAAUCAUGACACGUCUCUCUAACCUCGGAAUUAAAUUGAAAUUAAUUAUCAGUCCUUAUAUUUUAGACUAAUUACUUAUGCUGGUUCACGAAAUUUACAAUAUUAUAUUACGCUACCACGAUGACAUUCGAAUUUGCAUUCUGAGUGGUACAAGAAACGAAUAUUAAAUUAUUUCCAGUAAUUAUUAAAUUAUUUCCAGUACUAAUUAUUUUAAAAAAAUAAAUGUUUGUACUAUUU